AUGCCGCCCGAGAAAGCGAGACAGCGAAACCGAAUUCCCCGUCCGAAAUCUAUAGCGUUCGAUGAUCCAAAACCGCUAUUCACAAGACCUGAACCCGUGGUGGUUGUCGCAGCAGCAGAAGAUGAACCGCCAUUGUCUCCCCCACCUCCAAUGGGAUUAAAAGAGCGACGAGGUUCACGUGGUUCUCCCUGUGCCAAUCUUCCUCCACUAAUGUUACCGCCGAGCACACCAGAAGCAUCACCUAGUCGCUUAUCUCCAAAUAGAUUGUCCCCACAGCCAAAAGAGCCACAAUCUGCUCCUUUGAUGAGAGCGAAUCCGCCCCGUCGUUCCAGAACACGUUCGGAAAUGCCUCCCGAUCCACCACCUCGUUCGCCUCAAACGCCUCGCCCAGCAUCUGUGUCUCCGAAACACACGUUUGCUUUCAAGAUAGUUUUGAAAAAGGUGGAGAGCACACCCAAUACCUCCUUUGAUCGCCCCGACCAAUGA